CAGAAGAAUUCUAAUUAUUUUCUUUCUUUAUAAAGAAAAAAAUUAAGGCCCUCUCACGUCUCACCUUCAACCCUAAAUCCCUCUUUUCUCUAUCUUCAAAAACAAUUUCACACUCUCUAAUCUUCCUCUUGUCUUCGUCGAUGACGAGUCCAAAAUUUGAAAUCCAUCUUCUCCUCAUCGUCUUCUCCGAUUUGGUCUGAUUCGAGGUCAAAUCUCCUUCAUCCUGAGUUGGGUCUGUUGGUUUCUCCAUCUAUAGAUCUAGAUUCCCUUGUGGUUCGAGUUAUGGAGAAGUUUAAGACGAAUUCAAACAAAAGAGAGAACUCCUCAACUUCGAUUUCAGAAUCCAUGGCUACCUCACGAUUUUGCUAUAGGUGGAGCUUAUGGGAUUAGAUUUGGCUCACAAUAUGAUGUUUCAGAGUGUUGAAAAUGGAGGAAUCGUGGCGGAGGAGGAGGAUCUUGAGCUAUUACAAGCCGAAUUCUGAAACAAAAUCAAUUGAUGAGAAGGCGAGUGGUGAAGCCGACGAUGACGAGAUUCUUGAGCUUCUUAUUGAUAAGAUUUUUGAAAUUCUUCAAACGAGAAGGAGAUGAAUCAGAAGUUUCAAAGGAGACGGAUAGAGUGAGUGUAGAGUAUUACGAUCCUAUGUGAUUUUGUGGUUUGUGUUGUGGUUUCUGUAAUUGAAGUUUUUAAUUAGGUUUUCUCAUUGUUGUUGUAGGGUAUAGAAAGAGGUAAGAGUAAAGAAGACCAAAUGGAUGUCAUUCAUGCUUAUUCCCAUCUCUCGAUUUCUCAUUUCUUACCAACAACACAACUUAAUCUUGUUUAGAUUGGUUUCUCGUCUUUUACGUGAUAUAUAUGUAUAAUCUAAUCAUCUGUGUAUUUAGCAAUCACAUCUGUGGUAACAAUCUCUAAGAUAUUUUGAGGAACAAUGGAUUAGCAAUAGAGAAAAGUAAGUAAAAUCUCCAUUCUUAUCAUCAACAUUUAUUAUUACGUAAAUCAUAAUUCAAGAACCUAUUUCAUCUUUGAUCUGUUUUUAACAACAUGGGUGUUAACGUUGAUUGUAGGAAUGAAAGAAGAGACAAAAGGAAGCAUGGUCCUUCUCGUAAAAUUGUGUUUCACAUUGUCUCUUUGCUCUGCUCUUCUUGGCUUUCUCCUGUCAAGUUUUCACAAGUCACAAGAUUUUUGAGGAGCUUUCUUCCUUCCGAAAAUCUUGGUAAUCAUUUUGAGAGACUACUGGAGAGUAAUAUGCAAAACUUGUUUGAGAAAUUGAAACCUCUUGUGGGUUCAAGAGCUUGGGAUUAUUGUGUUCUUUGGAGACUAAACGAAGACCAAAGAGGAUAUGGAGAAGGCAGCGAAGUGUGGACAUCAACCUACGUUCUUGGAGGGAGAGAAAGAGCAAACCAAUGGAGUUCUUCGUUAUUAAGUCCAUCUGAAUUGCAGUACUUAUGAUGUUGUUUAAGACCUUGUUUUAACAAAUGGUGUUGAGUUAUAAACUAUGUAUCUUUUGAUGAUCUAUGGAAAGAAACAUGCUUUU